AUGCCGAAUGAAGAAGUAUUGCAAGAGUAUUCAAACUCAAUAAAGAAUAUCAAAAAAGAAUGCAGGGACGCUGGGAUAAGCGAAGAAGAAUUUAAAAGAAUGUACUUUCAAUCUCUUAAGACCUUGAGGACUACCGGUGAAAAUGGAGCGAACCAUCGGCGCUACUUCACAACGAAAUAUAAAAUGUUAUGUAUAGGCAUAAUUGUUGGGUUUUAUGUUAUGUACAACUAUAAAAUCAUAUACAGCACUCUAAUGUGCAAUAUUCAAGAGUAUAUUUAUCCGGGCUUAAAAUUGCUUAGACGAAUGUCAAUUCCAUUUAUAUCUUUGUUCCCAUCAUUAACAGAUUUAUACCAUGAGACAUGUUUGAUUCAGAACCCCUUCUUCACGGUAGCAGACAUGGACUGUUGGCCAUGCAGUGCUAUCACUAAUGUCAUGGAGGUAACCGAUCCAAAGCCUGUCAACCAGCAACAUACUGCUCCAUUUAUCUAUAAGACUGAACAGAAUACUAUCAACAUGGAUUCUCUAAAACAACUGUAUGUUAAAAACAGAGAUAUUUUUGACAAAGAAUCACCAAAAAUUUUAGUGAAUAAUAAAUAUUACCAAACUCCAGAUGAUUUAUUUGAACAAAGACUGUCAGAUGAUAAGAAUUUCUAUAUAUGGAAGUUCAAUAAUAUUAAAGUAGCACACCUGAUUCGUCAAGUUAUACCCAGACCAAAGGUUGUUCCCAAAUUUGGACAGAGCACUGAACGGUUUAUGGUAGUUGACCAAAGCCAGAGCCUAUUUCGUGUGCCUGAUACAGAAUGCAGUUUCUCAUUCCUUUUAGCUUUAAGUGGGUCAAGAGACAUACAUUUAAUACCAGCAGAAGAAUGUAAACACCAGUGCAAGUCACUUAAAGUUCAAUUGAAAGAAACAUAUUUACUAUGGUAUAACUGGUGGUACUGGAGGCCUGCCGUGCAGCCAUCAAUGGGAAAUGAAACGUUUAUCGCACAUAUCGGCUCAUAUUGCUGA